AUGGGCGGAGUCCAGCAUCUGCUCAAGCUGAGGAUGGCGUCCCCCCACGCCCACCCCGCCACGCGGCCCCUCUCCGCGCUCCCGUCCCUCCUCCUAGCCCGCUCCCCCUCCGCCGCCGCCACCGCCGCGUCGUCCGCCCGACCCGCCUCCCUCUCCCUCCCCCUCUCGUGCUCGCGGCCGCGGGCGCGGGCCUACUGCCCAGCCAGACGACGGUUGCCGGGCUCCGUGGUGGCGAUGUCUUCGUCGGCGCCCACGCCGGGGCCCGUGCAGAAGUCGGAGGAGGAGUGGGAGGCCGUCCUCACGCCGGAGCAGUUCCGCAUCCUCCGCCGCAAGGGCACCGAGUUUCCUGGAACAGGUGAAUAUGACAAGUUCUUCGAUGAGGGUAUUUACGGAUGUGCUGGCUGCGGAACCCCCUUGUACAAAUCAUCUACGAAGUUCAACUCAGGGUGUGGUUGGCCAGCAUUCUAUGAAGGAUUUCCUGGAACCAUAAAACGGACGGCGGAUCCUGAUGGGAGGCGCAUUGAGAUCACAUGUGCUGCUUGUGAAGGACAUCUGGGGCAUGUGUUCAAAGGGGAGGGGUUCAACACGCCGACUGAUGAGCGACACUGCGUCAACAGUAUCUCACUCAAGUUCGUUCCGGCCUCUGAAGAGGCUAGUUGA